CUUGUCGGUUCGAUUAGGAGAGGGAUAUGCCAUGGUCCCUAAGGAUGUCCUAGCGAAUAUUAAGUGGGAAUCAUAUAAAAACGCAACAAGAAAACUACUAACAGCUGUUUUUCCUCGCGAAGCUCUGGCAACGCACUCUAUGUCAGGGAAACCAUCUCCAGCAUUUCCCAACAAACCAGCAAAGGCGAAGUUGGACCCAAAUGUCAUUAGCGAUAUUAUUAAAACCGUUAUGGCCAAAUGUGGCGUAGCGGAAAAUAUAGUGAGGAUGACCAUAACAACUAAAUGCGCUGACGAGAGUAAGAUGAUGCGAUACCGGCAGAGAUAAAGAGAUGAUAAUGCUGAAGUGUAAAUUUUAUACACAACUCUAA